AUGUCUGGCUCUACCGAGGUAGAUACCGCCCUCCGUCAACUGCAGACGGAGCAAGGUCCUCUUCUUGACAAGAUUGACGAUCUUCGCAAAAUCGGAGUCGGCGGACUUGUCGGAUUGCCGCAGCUUAUCGUCUGUGGAAACCAAUCCAGCGGUAAAAGCUCUGUUCUUGAGGCCGUUUCUCGUGUGCGUUUCCCAAUGAAGAGCAGUGCCUGCACUCGAUUCCCGACAGAGGUUAUUCUGCGCCGCCAUCCAGCACCCCGGUUCAAGGUGUCCAUCGAGCCUGGGUCAUCUCGGAAGAGCAAAGGAGAUCGUCAGACGAUCGAAGCAUUUGCACCGGCCGAGGUAACCGACGGUAGUCAGUUAGAGUCUCUGAUUAAGAAAGCCAAAGAAUGCAUGGGGAUCACCGGUGAUGGAUUCAGUGACGACAUUCUUAAAGUCGAAAUAUCGGGACCCGACAAGCCGGAAUUGACACUCGUCGAUCUGCCUGGCCUCUACACCUCCCACAGCUCAUCCCAGGAUGAGCAGGGGAUCGGGAUUGUUCAUGAUAUCACCAAACGCUACAUGGAAAACAAGCGUAGCAUCAUUCUGGCUGUAGUUUCGGCAAAGAACGACUACCACAAUCAAACAGUGUUGAAUAUGGCAGAGGAGUUCGAUGGAUCACGCGAGCGCACUAUCGGAAUCAUCACACAGCCUGACAGAGUUGAAGCUCAUUCAGAUGAAGAAGCGUCUUGGCUGCAGAUCCUUAAGAACGAGAAAGUUCCGUUAAAGCUUGGGUGGCAUGCUUUACAAAAUAGAUCCUUUGAAAAUCGCAAUGUAUCGGACGAUGAAAGAGAUAGGCAAGAGAAGGAAUUCUUCGCUAAAGGAAAUUGGGGCUCUAUUCCGGCAGAGAAUAUGGGAAUCGAAAAUUUUCGUCGCCGACUGAGCACUAUUCUGCUAAAGCAUAUUCAACGCAAUCUCCCGGGUCUCAUCGCUGAUAUCAAUAAAAACAUCCUCGAUCGACAAUCCAGACUGACCAGAUUGGGCCCGUCUCGAGGCACUCUCCAGCAACAGAAGGGAUUCCUACUCAACAUCAGCAGCAAUUUCGAGCGUAUCACCGCUGAAGCGUUAAAUGGCAUGUACAAAGAUGAUUUCUUUGGGGGCUUAGACAAUGAGACAAGGCGUCUAGGCCCAGAUCUUCGGCGUCUUCGUGCCAUUAUUCGUGAACUAAAUGAACAUUUUGCCGAUGCCAUGGAAACUAUUGGGUGCGCUGAAUUCAUUGGCGAGUUCAUUGGUGAAAGAAUUCCACCCGUGUUUGGAAACCCCUACACGGAUAUCAGAAUACCGAACUACAGGACCAGAUCCGAUAUCGAAAAUGAGGUCAGCAUACAAGCACGUCAAAAUCGAGGACUUGAGCUUCCAGGAAGUGCGAAUCAACUCUUGGUGGGAAAGCUAUUCCGAGAGCAAUCCAAGCCAUGGGAAGAAAUUGCUCGAGAGCACUUGACAAAGUCUUUGGAUGCUGUCAGAGAUUUUAUCAGCGUCCUCUUGCAAUAUCUCGCCAAUGACCACACCUACAAUCUCUUGCUGGGUAAUGUUCUUGAUCCCGAGCUGGAGAAAAUGAAAGAUCAUCUACUAGCAAAGUUAGAUGAGCUUACCGCAUACAAUAAACGUGGACAUCCAUUGCCUUUAGGCAAAAUCUUCCUCGCAAAAAUCCAGAAAGCCAGGAGUGAUCGCCAAGUCGACAGACUGGAACAGGCCUUGCUAACAGGAUCUCAUUCUCGAGAUGAGUCCGUUACUAUUGAGCGGCUUCGCCAAGCCAAUAGUCAGCUAGAAUCGACCAGCAAUCAGUUCGCAGCAGCAGAUAUUGUCGAUCAGAUGCAAGCAUAUUAUGAUACUGCUAUCAUCACUUUCAUUGAUAAUGUUGCCACGCUUGGAAUUGAAAAUUGUUUGCUUGGUCCUCUGAGUAGUAUUCUUACUAGCCAGACAGUCAACAACAUGGAAGACAAACAGGUUCAAGAAAUUGCCACCGAGCCUUCCUCUAUCGCGGAUGAGCGAGAUCGCCUAACCCGGGAAUUGGAGAAGCUACAAGCUGGUUCGCGCACAUUGAGCAAAUUCAAUAUCCGAAAGGUUACCACACAACCCGCUGUUUUCAACCCAAUCAGUCAGACUACUCCGACCCGCAAAACCACCAUUCCCAGUGCGCCAAGCUCAGUGCAGGCUUCUCAAGCUGCCCGUACUGGCUCGGGCCUUAACACCUUUGGACCAGGACCGCUGAGAACUCAAUCCCCUAUGACAGGGUCCACCACGCACACGAGUACCGGGAACAUGGGGCUUUUUGGUAAUUCGCAAGACUCACAACCCGUGACCGGUAGAGCGCAGGGCCUUAAUUCCAAGGGUGGUAGCCUAUUUGGCUCCGGCCCCGGCUCUGGUUCUGGUUCUGGUUCUGGCUUUGGCUCUGGCGCUAGCUCCGGCUCCUUGUUCCAAGGAGGAGCUACUUAUAAUCCAUUUGGAUCAUCGCCAUUCGGUUCAGCUACAACUCCCAACUCAGGUUCUUUCAUGUCUGGUGCGGCUUCAUCUGGCAAUUCAAACAAUCCCUCAAGUCAGCCAAGCCCUUUCUCAUCCUCAACUUCCCGCAACUCUCAAGGCCAAGUUAAGAGCACUGUGCCCGUCACUCAACCCAGCAAUAGUCCCUUCCGGUAG